UGAGACAGAUAGCACGAAAAGAGUUCCAGAUGGUUCGUGAGCUUGUUGAGACCACGUGGAAACUUCAGUAUCAAGUAUUGGCAGUCUCAAUCCUGCGUCCUGCCCCUCUCCCACACUCUCUCUUUCCCCUCUUAACCUCUGAAGAACAGCAUCGUUCUUCCUGUAUAACCCAAAUCAGAGAGCUAACGAGACAAGCUUUACCAACCCUAACCUUCUUACUACUAGUUUUAAUUUCACAAAAAAAUGGCUGUGGUUGCUGCUUCUUCCGCUCUCUGUUUCAAGUCUUCUCCUUCUAUUACACCUUCCUCUAAAUACCUUAAUUACCCGGGCAACUUCUUUCGAGUCACCGUCGAGUCCCGUCCUUGUGUUUUGACGGCUGCAACAGGAAGAAGAGGUCUAUUGGGUUCAUCUCGUGCAAUGAAGAAUGAGUUUAGUGAAGUGGGUGAUGGAGCUGAAGAAGUUGAACAAACUGUGGAGCCCAAGGAGGCACUGCUCUACUCCUUUACUCCAUUGCUGUUUGUGGCAGCCCUUCCUGGAGCUGCAACUGUGAGGUCUCUUUUUGGGCCUUUUGUUGAGCUUGUGAAGUCAUUGAAUCUCCCUGACUGGCUUGUGCAUUGGGGGCAUCCUGGCAACAUGGCUGUAGUGCUCUUCGCCAUGGGCGGGUAUGGAACAUAUCUUGGAUUUCGUAUACGCUACUCUGAUGAUGUGGAGGAGAAGGCCAAGGCCAAAGACUUGCACCCAAAGCUUUUAGGUGGGAUGUUCUUCUUCUUUGCACUUGGAGCAACAGGUGGAAUAACAUCGCUUCUCACUUCAGACAAACCCAUUUUCGAGAGUCCUCAUGCUGUUACAGGUUUCAUUGGGCUUGCCCUGUUGACAAUGCAAACCAUCUUGCCAGCAUUGUUUGAGGGUAAUCCAGGAUUAAGAAAUGUUCAUGGGAUCUUGGGUAGUGGGAUCAUGACAUUGUUUCUGAUUCAUGCUGCCCUUGGACUUCAACUUGGCCUCAGCUACUAAUCAUAGCUGCUUCUUUUUUUCAAAAUUAGUAGUGUAGUUGAUUUGAAAUUAGUUGACAUCUUUAUGGAUUCCCCACCCCCCCAAUGAAUUUUCUUGAUAAGAUACAAGACCCAAUAUUCCCAACACAGUUAAUUAAGUUUCUAUAAGAUGAAAAAGCUUAUUAAGGUAUAGACUCAGCUAAUUAAGUUCUUACCAAAUCAGAGUGAGACUUGACAAUUUGUCAAACCCAAUAAAUUUGUGUUGGUUUGAGAA